GUACAAAUCAGGUCUCAACCCUCGCCCUCAAGUUCCUGUCUCUUCGCCUUCAUCGCUCGCCAAUCCUGCUUCGUUGACCUGCAAAUCUCUCUUCACCGAAGCAAAAUCAUGUGGUCCUAACUUUGAGAUCGGUGAAACUCAAGCUUCGUUUUGGCCACUGCAAGAUCUAGUUGAAUCUCGACCUCACACCUGUGAUUCGGAGCUCCACUCACUGAAAUCCUCUUCAGAUCUGGGGGGUUUGAUUGUGGAUUUCGGUUUUGUUCAUCGGAAAUGUCGAUUUUACCGAAAGGGGAUUCGGUUCAAAUCAGGGAGGUUUGGAACGAUAAUCUAGAAGAGGAGUUUGCGUUGAUCCGUGAAAUCGUUGACGAAUUUAACUAUGUAGCCAUGGACACUGAGUUCCCAGGGGUGGUUCUUCGCCCUGUGGGUAACUUCAAAAACAUCAAUGACUAUAACUAUCAAACUUUGAAGGACAACGUUGACAUGUUGAAGCUGAUCCAAUUGGGUCUCACCUUCUGUGAUGAGCACGGAAAUCUCCCUACUUGUGGCACUGAAAAUUUCUGCAUCUGGCAAUUCAACUUCCGGGAGUUCAACAUCAGCGAAGACAUCUUCGCGAGCGAUUCUAUCGAGUUAUUGCGCCAAUGCGGAAUUGACUUCAAGAAGAACAGCGAGAAGGGGAUUGAUGUGAACCGAUUUGGGGAGCUUCUCAUGUCAUCUGGGAUUGUGUUGAACGAUGGUAUACAUUGGGUAACAUUUCACAGUGGUUAUGAUUUUGGUUACCUCCUUAAGCUGUUGACAUGCCGAACCUUGCCCGAUACUCAAGCUGGGUUCUUUGAUUUGAUCAAGAUGUAUUUCCCAAUGGUGUAUGAUAUCAAGCAUUUGAUGAAGUUCUGCAACAACCUCCAUGGUGGGUUGAACAAGCUUGCGGAAUUGUUGGAAGUGGAGAGGAUUGGUGUGUGCCAUCAGGCUGGAUCUGAUAGUUUACUCACUUCUUGUACAUUUAGAAAGUUGAGGGACGCAUUCUUCAACGGCUCUACUGAGAAAUAUGCUGGUGUUUUGUAUGGUUUAGGUGUUGAGAAUGGACAGACUAAUUGAAAGAUAAAAGUAUAAUUUGUUGUAGAGUAAGUCUAAGUGUGAGUUUUUUUUCUUUUUCUUUUUUUACUCGUGUACACUUCUGCCAAAAAAUGGUUGUUGUUGUUUACUUGUAACAUUUCAUCCUUGCAUGAACUGUAACUGAAACCUUAGCUGGUUUUGUUAGCUUUGAGUUCUUUGUAAAUCACUUCAGUUUAGUGCUUCAAUAAUAAUUUAUGAUGAUUCCUUUAGUUUGUG